CGACUCGUGAUCGCCUGACAUCAAAACGGCAGCGACGUUACCGUAGAAGGUCUAUACCGAUUUAUUCGCUCGUUAACAAAGCAUGGCGGCCCCGCCAAUGUGGGACGAGCACCAGGCGUAUGAAGAGCUGCUGUACUGGGACAGUCUGAUCCAACAGGGCCACCGGCUGCUGCCGCACGACUUCGACAGAUAUGAGGAGCUGCGUUACUGGUACGACUGUCUGUGCUACGAAGAGGAGCUGAGGCAGUACCACGACUACAUUGCUGCAAUCGAGGAGAUUGAGGAUCAGCGUCAUCAUGAGGAGUCUCCAGCCUCGCGGUCUCACACAGGGCCAUAUGAUCGCCUUGUGAUGGCCAAACACUCAGAAGUGUACCCCUCACCAGAGGAGCUGGAGGCGGUGCAGACAAUCGUCUCGCAUGUGGAGUGUGCCCUGAAGUCUGUGUCUGACCAGAUGGAUACUCGAAAUGAUGACAAAGAAACUACAGAGGCAGCAAGCGGUGAUGCACAAGAGCGUGUCCUGCGUGGCGUUAUGAGGGUUGGCCUUGUGGCCAAAGGACUCUUGCUGAAGGGAGACAAGGACCUGGAACUUGUGCUGCUUUGCUCUAACAAGCCCACAGUUACUCUACUUAAACAAGUGGCUGAAAAGCUAAUUGCACAGUUAGAGACCAUUUCAGCUGGGACGUAUUCAGUAAGCCCAUGUUCAGGAGAUGCAGGCAUUGCCGUGACAAGCACCAAGGAGUCGGCCUUGACUCUCAUUAUCCACCUGACAUCACCUCUGGUCAGAACAGAGCAAGAGAGUAAAGUUGCUGAGGAAGAGGAAGAAGAAGAAAUGCGAACAGUCAACGAUCCGCCGGACGUUCUGGACAGGCAGAAAUGCCUAACUGCCUUGGCGUCUCUCCGCCACGCCAAGUGGUUCCAGGCCAAAGUCAACGACCUGACUUCAGCCGUCAUCGUGAUCCGGAUCUUGAGGGACCUGUGUAUCCGUGUUCCUACGUGGACGCCUCUCUCGGGAUGGCCUCUUGAACUGCUGGUAGAGAAAGCUAUCGGUACAUCUGAGAGACCAAUGGGAGCAGGCGAGUCCCUCCGCAGGGUUUUAGAGUGCGUUGCCUCUGGAAUCCUUUUGGAAGAUGGUCCUGGAAUUAAAGAUCCAUGUGAGAAGGAUCCAGUCAAUGCCACUGCAUAUCUGAGUGUUCAGCAGUGUGAAGACAUCACGCAGAGCGCUCAGUUUGCCUUGAGGCUGUGUGCAUUUGGACAGAUGCACAAGGUGUUGGGGAUGGACAGUAAACCUACAAAACCACGGAAGUUGAUGGGAAUUGGUGGCAAAGAUGGCACAGCCCAAAUAGCCGGACAUUUCAGCCUGCCAGCUAAGAGAUCUUACUCAGACGUAGAGAAAGAAGAGGACGAGCCUCAUCUCAACAGCAAACAGAGGAAGUUUCUCAAGUUCCAGAAGCGCUUUCAGAGGAAAUCAUUCACCGAUGAUCUUACCAUGAACGCUGUGAUGCGUCUGAACCAGUACAGACCCGGUCUGGAGUACCGACUUACGUCUCAAACUGGUCCAGUCCAUGAGCCGGUCUUUACAAUGGCUGUGGACCUAAACGGGAAAACUUAUGAAGCAACGGGACCUUCAAAACGAGCCGCCAAACUUAAUGUAGCCACCAAGGUCCUACAAGAUCUCGGUCUUCCAAUAGGUUCAGAAUCUAAAUCAGAUUCCAGUGGUGAUGUUGAAGGAAGCCAGGAAUCAGUUAAAGCUGCUACAACAAGUUCUACUACAUCAGAAGAAAGUGGUCAGGGUCCAAUCUUGACUAAAAAUGGCAAGAACCCUGUGAUGGAGCUGAAUGAGAAGCGGCGCAGCCUGAAGUACGAGCUGUCUGCAGAGACGGGAGGCUCCCAUGAAAAGUGCUUUGUCAUGGAGGUGGAAGUCGAUGGGCAGAAGUUUAAAGGAAGAGGCUCCAAUAAGAAGGAAGCUAAGGCCUACGCUGCCCUUGCUGCUCUGGAGAAGUUGUUCCCAGAUGACAACGGAAUGUCAAACACCAACAGAAAUGUUUCAAAGAAGAAGGUCACCUACACCGACAUGCACAUCCCAGGAUUUGGCACCAUCCGCGGCAUUCCUUCAGACUCUGGGUCUCGUGGCUGGGGUCCCAACAGAGGGGGCCGAGGCAGAGGCCGAGGCAAACCGUUCCCCUCAGGACCCAGCUAUAACAAGACCAACUACAGUUAUGAGAGCAGCACUGGCUCAGGCUAUCAUAAACUGUACGGGAAUAACACAGCCAUGGUUAAAAACACCGGCUCCAGUGGCUCAGCCAGCAAUGUCGGCUAUGGCACCUUUUACCCCGAGAGUGGCACCACCUUCUCCUCCCCACCCGCCACCAGCAGCGCCAGCAACGACAACGGCGACAGCAAUGCCACGAAGGGAGAAAGCUACCAGACAAUGCCUCCGCCUGCCGAUCAGGAAAGUCCGUACAGCUACGGCUAUGGCGACGAGAAGAAGAAGAUGCUGACCCAAAGUCAGAAUGAGGGCCAGGGCUCAGGAGGAGACUACUCUAUGUACAGCACUGCUUACCCCAGCUCAGUGACCGGGGGACAAGGUUAUAACAAUAAUUAUGGUUGGGGGGGAAACCAGUCGUCUUGGGGGAAUCAGCAGGGAUAUGCCUCGUAUCAGGGCUUCGGAGGACAGAACCAAGGCUCAUAUUCUGGAUACAACGACAUGAAUUACUGAUCGUCGUGUCAUUCUCAGCCCGUCUCACAUGACUACGCCGUUUUUGGACUCCUCACCUCUGAUGAUGAUCCUGAGUUACUGCUUCUGAAAAAGGAAAACAAAAAAGUAGCUGAGGUGUUUUCUCUAAAACUGGAAUUUAGUUUUUAUUUUAAUUUUUAUUUUCUCACUCUACACCUCGGUUGUUUGCUCUCUCACAUCUGGUGAAACAGUCGGCAGUAAAGUCAUUCUGUCUUUUAAUCUACAGCAUCCUUCACAUCCAUAUUGACAUGAGUGUUGUGUGUUUUUUUGUUGUUUUUUUUUUAAUCUAGUGAACUGGUUCUUUAUCAUUUUAUGGUUUCGGUUUAAAGCUGCUUGUAGUUUUGCGCUAAAGAUUUCUUUCCUGUGUUAUUAAAUAUGCUCUAAUGUUUGUUGUAAAAAUAAAUGACUCUUAUUUUGGAGAAAAGUUUGA